AUGGUCUUACUCACCGCGACCCCGGCCAUCCUCUCCGCUCUGACCUCCCUCCCACCAGAAGCAAGAUCGACUCUAUCCGCACCUCUCCCGAAUGAUGCCUCCACGCCAAUAGCACACACCACCCUUGUCACCCUCUCCAAGCUCGCCCGCCAGCAUGGCCUCCCAAACUGCACACUCAACACCCUCCUCCACGGCACCUGCCCCUACACGCCCCCUCCACCACCCAAACCCGAGAAGUCACCUGAAUACCUCGCCCUAAUGGACCGCCUACGCGCCGAGCAGGAAGCACGAGACUACCACGCGCUCGUCGCUAAGAAAAGCGCUGCGGCGACCGCAGGUGCCAACGACUAUAUCUCCGCCGCAGACCUGGAAGGCGAGGAUGACCCCCUAACCCCCUCCGUCGUCCUCAACGUCUUAGUAUCAGUCAUAUUCUGCGGACUCGCGGCGUUCCAGAUUACAAAAUGGUGGGCGUACGGCAACGAUGCUCUGCGCGUAUUGAUUUCCAUGCUGGUCGCCAUCGUGGUCGGCGUGGCCGAAGCAGCGGUCUACGCAGGCUACAUGCGCAAGGUCAGGCUGGGAAGGGAGCGGGAGAAGGCGAAGAAGGAGAGGAAGUGGGGAUCUCAGGAGUAUAAGGGGGUGGGGGAUGAGAUUGCGUUGAGGAGGGAGGAUGACGAUGGCCCAGAACCACAAGAGGGGGAUCGGGAGUGGGAGCGGAAGGAGGAGAUAUGGGGGAAGGGGAAGGGUGGUGGGGCUAGGAGGCGGGUUCGGGAGAAGUGGGAGAGGGAGCAGGAUCGGCUGGCGAGUGAGCAGGAGAAGGAGGUGGAUCGAGACGAGGAUGGAAACGUGAAUGAGAAGAAGGCUUUGUAG